ACCGUCCGGAUCGGUCGCUAGAAUCGCUAAGUCUCGAAGGCUACACGGGCAAAGGAUAAUAGAUUAGAGUGUUUGUGGAUUUUGGAAGGUGGUGAUUUUGUGAAAAAUUCUAAGCUUUCAAAUAUUGGUGUAUGUGAGAAAAUAGCACUUGGAUAUCUCAAAAAUAAACGUGGAAUACAAGCAACUGAUAAAUAAGGAAACGUACGUAACACCAUCCAGGCAAAAACCGUUUACCGAAUAUGGACAGCAAGGAGUUUCGACGCCGCGGUACGGAAAUGGUCGAAUACAUCUGCAAUUAUUUGGAAACGUUGGAGCAGCGACGUGUCACGCCCAGCGUGGAACCAGGCUAUCUGCGCCAUCUGCUACCGGAUGAGGCGCCCGAAAAUCCGGAACCGUGGGAAAAAAUUAUGCUCGACGUGGAGAGUAAAAUCAUGCCGGGGGUAACACACUGGCAGCACCCGCGGUUUCAUGCGUACUUCCCGUCGGGAAAUUCGUUUCCCUCGAUACUGGGUGAUAUGCUGAGUGAUGGCAUCGGCUGCAUUGGCUUCUCGUGGGCGGCCAGUCCCGCCUGUACCGAGCUGGAGACGAUCGUGCUGGAUUGGUUGGGCAAAGCCAUAGGUCUGCCGGAUGAGUUCCUCGCCCUGAAACCAGGCAGCAAGGGUGGUGGUGUCAUUCAGACGUCCGCAUCGGAGUGCGUACUGGUGACACUGCUGGCUGCCCGGGCACAGGCCAUCAAGUAUCUCAAACAUCAGCAUCCAUUCGUCGAGGAAGGACAUCUGCUGUCCAAGCUGAUGGCCUACUGCUCGAAGGAGGCGCACAGUUGCGUCGAAAAGGCUGCUAUGAUCUGUUUCGUUAAGUUGCGAAUCCUGGAGCCGGACGAGAGGUGUUCGCUGCGGGCGGAUACGUUGAUUAAGGCCAUGGAAGAAGACGAACAACAAGGGCUGAUUCCGUUUUUCCUAUCCACGACGCUGGGGACCACCGGAUCUUGUGCAUUCGAUAACAUUUCCGAGAUUGGAGAAGCCCUGCAACGUUUCCCAAACGUUUGGAUGCACGUGGACGCUGCAUAUGCCGGGAAUGCAUUCAUCUGUCCGGAGCUGAAGUAUCUUCUGAAAGGUAUCGAAUAUGCCGACUCGUUCAACACCAACCCGAACAAGUGGCUGUUGACGAACUUUGACUGUUCCACGUUGUGGGUUCGCGAUAAAAUUCGACUUACUUCAGCUCUGGUGGUUGACCCAUUGUACUUAAAACAUGGAUACUCGGAUUCAGCGAUCGACUACCGUCACUGGGGAGUUCCCUUGAGUAGACGAUUUCGAUCGUUGAAGCUCUGGUUCGUGCUUCGUAGCUACGGGCUCGUCGGUUUGCAGAACUACAUCCGACAUCACAUCGAUUUGGCUAAGCGAUUCGAGAAGUUAGUACUGAAGGAUAGCCGCUUCGAAGUGUGCAACGAUGUCAAACUGGGACUGGUUUGUUUCCGACUCAAGGGUACGGAUCGGCUCAAUGAAAAAUUACUCAGCUGUAUUAAUGCUUCCGGGAAGAUUCAUAUGGUACCGGCUUCGGUGAAUGAACGAUACGUUAUAAGAUUUUGUGCAGUGGCUCAGAAUGCAACCGUUGAAGAUAUUGACUACGCCUGGGAUGUAAUCACAGAUUUCGCUGCGGAAAUUCUCGAGAAGGAGCAGGCGGAUGAGGUAACCGAGAUUGUGGAUCGCCGCAAGACACACACGUUGGCUCAGAAACGGUCGUUCUUCGUACGUAUGGUUAGCGACCCGAAGAUCUAUAAUCCAGCAAUAAAUAAAGCACAAACGCCCAGAAUUUCCAAUGAAUUGACGUCACCUUCGACCGAUGGUACGGUGGUUACCGUCAAUUCGCCAAAAACACCUGGAUCGGCUUCUUGGAUUAGCUGGCCACUGGCAUUCCUAUUUGCGAACUCCGAUGAUGGUCCGAAGAAUGAUAUGCCCUUGAGAUUCCGGCACUUGGACACAAUGGUAAGAUUGACCGCUUCUCGCAGAAAUUCGGCGACUGGUGGUGGCUCCUCUCCUUCACCGGAAGGUGAAAACGGCUUUGUUUUGGCAAAGUCCCCCAAACGAUCUCCAAUUAUGGUACGACGACGAGGUACAUCACCAAGCCCAGGAAGUGGCAAUGGAGCAUCUAAGUAAGGAAAAUCAGAGCUUCGUUGUAGUUGGAUAAAAAAUCUCUGUGUACCAAAACUUGAACGCAAUGACAGAACCAAAAGUACUAAUACGUAACUACCCACCCUCGAUCAAAGUGAAUUCUCUAAUUAAAACUGAAACGUGCAAUCGAUCUAAAUUUAGCACAUUGUUGGAAGCAUAUUAAAAUAUUUAUUCCUGACUCUCUAUCUCGCUCCUAUUCAGAUUCCAAAUAUACCAAUGUAAGCAAAUAAACAAAUUCCAUCGACUUGAUGUUUGGAAUCCAGAAAA